AUGUCUCAGGAUUCCGGUCGUGACUAUGACACCCAGUCUUUGACUGCCAGUGUGACAGACUACCCCGUGGAAAAUGGCAGACGCUAUCACAAAUACCAUGAAGGCUCUUAUGUCUACCCGAACGAUGAGCAGGAGCUCGAUCGGCUAGACAUGCAACAUCAUAUGUUGAAAUUGGCCAACAAUGGGAGAUUAUUCUUUGCCCCUGUACAGAACCCUAAGAGGAUCCUUGACAUCGGCACGGGCUCGGGAAUUUGGCCCAUAGAGAUGGCCUCCAUCUUUCCACAGGCUGAGAUCAUCGGUACGGAUCUCUCCCCCGUCCAGCCCACCGAAGUCCCCGAAAACGUCCAUUUCCUCGUGGACGAUGCCAUAGAUGACGACUGGCUCUGGGGCCCCGACCACUUUGACUUCAUCCACACCGGCCACCUGUGCGGCGCGUUCCCCUCAUUCAAAGACUUGCUGCGAAAAAUAUUCGAGCAUCUCAAACCCGGCGGUUACGUCGAAUGCCAUGAAUUCGACACGAAACCCAAAUGCGACGACGGGACCAUGCCCCCGGAAGACCCCGAAAAAUUCAGCACCUAUCCCCUGCAGGACUGGUGUGAUCUCAAUAUCCGCGCCGGACAGGCUGCAGACCCACCCAGACAAUUCCGCAUCGCCCAUCGCCUGGCGCGGUGGAUGAGGGAGGUGGGUUUUGUCGAUGUCCAGGAACGGGUCGCCAAAAUCCCGACGAACCCCUGGCCCACGGACCCUCACAUGAAACUCAUUGGCUCUUGGAAUGAACAAAAUUGGCUGGAAGCGUUGGCAGGAUGGUCAUACAAGCCGCUCACAUUGCUUGGAUGGUCGAAGCCUGAGAUUGAGGUCUUCCUGGUCGAUGUCAGGAAGGCCAUUCAGAACCGUGAGGUACAUUCGUACCUCGAUUUUUACGUAGUGACGGGGAGAAAGCCCCGGCCUGGUGAGCAGGCGUCUUGA